UCCAAACCUCAGUCGUGAUUCUAGUACCGAUAUGGCUGCAUCCAGAGCCACUCUGCUCGUGUGCAAUGGCGCAUUGGCUGCACUGGCGAUGCUGCUAUUGAUUGCGCCUUCCAGCCUAACUGUUGUUGCAGCUACUGCGGGUGUGCCGUACCGCGCUGCAAUGGUCGAGCACUCGCCGGUCUUUCCCGCGAACGCCACUCCCGUCGAGAUGAUGGCCGCCAACAUGGCGCUCUACGAGCUCCAUAUGGUCGCAGCGAAGGCGAGCGGAGCGCAGGUCGUCGUCUUCCCAGAGUUUGGCCUCGGACCAAAGAACUUUAUCGACCGCGACCAGCUGCUGCCGUUCGCAGAGCACCUGCCGGCGGUCUCCAAUGCAACUGGACAGACUGCUCCGUGCUACGAUGCAUCGGCGCCGCCAGUGUUCCGCAACGCGUCCUGCUUUGCGCUCAACUAUGGCAUUCUCGUGAGCAUCAACAUGUACGACGUCCAGCCAUGCACCACGGCGAGCGACCCGCGAUGCCCCCGCGACGGGCGAUUCCAGUACAACACGGAAGUAGUGUUUGACGAGCGUGGCAUUAUGGUUGCCAAGUAUUACAAGACGCACGUCUUCUACUUGAACUGCUUUGACGAACCCGCGACGCCAGAUCUGGUGUAUUUUACCUCGGCCUUCAACGUCACGUUCGGCGUGUUCACUUGCUUUGACAUCAUGUUCGAGACGCCCUCCGUCCCGCUGGUCAACCUCGGCAUUCGCAACUUCCUGUACAGCGUUGCCAUGAGCGCCCUGGGUCCCGUCGGCAAGGACAUUUUUGAAAUCUGGUCGGCGCGUCACAACUCGACCCUGCUCGCUUCCAACGACGGCACGGGCCCUUCCGGAGCUUUUGUUCACGGCGUGAACAAGGUCAGCCAGCAAGUGAACAUCCCCGGCACGACAAAUGAGGUGCUGCUGUUGGCGGAUUUAGUGGCGUGAGCCAGGGGGAGCGCAAUUUUUGUAUUUGCGUCCUUUUUGAACAUAGUGUUUGUGCGACAUCGCCAUUGAACAGCUUGCCUUGGUGAAGCAUUGUUUGUCAGAAAUUCCAAAAUGUUUGUAGUGAUGUAAUUGAAGGGGCUCUUUUGUGCAAAAACGAAAAGAAAAAAAAAAAGAAAAACCAAAAACGA